AUGGCUCUGAUGUUGUUGAGCUUGUUGGCGCGCCUUCCCGGGCUACCCUUGCUCCUCAGCGACAUCGCAAAGCCUCCUCCAUUGGAAAGAAAAGGCCUUGAAAAUCAUCUCCCACCAAUUCCAAAGGCUCCAACUGUGAAGUUUUUGACAAGCCUUCUACUGUUGCACCACCACGGCAUCAUCAACCUCAUUACAAUCACGGAACUUCCAAAAAUUUGGACUGUUCCGAGGCCCGAAGACGACAUUGCAUAUCUCCUUGACCUCAGUGAUGAUACUCGUGUAUGGGAAGAUGAAUCAGGCAAGGCUCUAUCUAUGGCAGCCAUUCUCAAGAGACCAGGAAUUCUCUUUGUCAAAGAAGCUGAAGGGAUUGCAUGUCCCGCUGUUGAUGAAGGUGGAACACCAUGCACAGGAGUCACCAUUUAUUGUAAAAUGAAUAAAGUCAACUGGGAUGGGAAAAAAUCAUUUGUUGGCUGCUCGAGAUACAUGAAUGGUGACAGAAAAUCCCAUUGCUUCGUAUCCAUCCCCAAAGAAGUGAAUAAAGGUCAUGUAAAGGAAUUAUUAAUGUCUGGGGACAACUCAUUGAAGACUCUCAUCAACACAAAAGCAUGCACUCAUGUUAUUUCUGCUCGUUUGGGUUUGAAGGGGGAUGGGAAAUGCAAGUAUUCUCACGUCAAGGAUGGAAAAGUUGUGCAAGGGCGUCUCAUGCAGUCCCCUUCAACAAGAAGAAUUUUCAAUGGUGACAUUCCUGCAUUAACAGACCCUGCACUAGCAAUAUCAAGACUACACCUGUAUGGGAAGUGGAAAGAAUGGGAAGUUAUCGUCUGGGAUAAGCAGCUAAACAUGAGUCUUCACAUUCGAGUUUUUGCCCUAGGAGUCACUGUGGCACAUAUUUAUUGCACUCAUGAGACUUGGGCUGCAUUUCUGAAAAUGUGGUCUGGACUAUGGGAUACCAUUGAAAAAGUGACUGGAAAGUUUGUUCAUUUCAGAUUUAUUGAUGGGACUGGACUUCAGGCAAUCCUUGUUGAUGGUUGGAUGAUCUUCUCAACCAAAUUUUGA